GUCCCUUUUAGGAACUUCUUCCUCUUCCCCGCUCUACAACUCCUCUCAGCCGCCCCCGCUACAGUACCACCGCCCAUUUCUCCCACAGCCUCCAGCGAAAAGCAGUAUUUGGGUUUCGCUCAUCAAUCAUUUUUUUCCUGAUAAUUUUAUUAAAGAGAAAGGGGAAAGGAGAAGCAAGUAAUGGGGAAAGGAGAGAAAAGUACGUUAGGGAGGGCACUGGUGAGGCACCAUAACCAAAUGAUUCAACAGUCGAAAGAGAAGGGACGGUUCUACAGGAACCAACACAAGAAGAUUCUGGAGUCCGUCACUGAAGUCACUGAUAUUCAGGCCGUCAUAGAGCAGUCAGAUGAAGCUCAACGCGUCUUCUCUGACCUUAAUCCUCCCGUUAAACUCCUCGUCAAUCUGGACGGUGAUUCUAGCAUUGGUGAUCUGACACCUGAAGAAAGAAAGGAGCAGCAGAAGAAAGAGGAGGCCUUGCAUGCUAGCAGUCUUCGUGUUCCACGCAGGCCGCCAUGGAAUACUAGAAUGUCAGUAGAAGAGCUUGAUGCCAAUGAAAAUCAAGCUUUUCUAGCUUGGCGCCGCAAUCUUGCAAGGCUUGAAGAGAAUGAGAAACUGGUUCUCACCCCUUUUGAAAAGAACCUGGAUAUCUGGAGACAGCUUUGGAGAGUUGUCGAGCGUAGUGAUCUGCUUGUAAUGGUUGUUGAUGCACGGGACCCACUUUUUUAUCGGUGUCCUGAUCUUGAGGUAAGUAUUUCAAUGCUUCACAUAGAUUGAAAGUAGCANCAACACAAAAGAACAAUGCUUCUUGUUAACAAAGCAGAUCUUUUACCCAUUUCUAUCAGAAAGAAAUGGGCUGAAUACUUCCACAAGCAAAGGAUUCUUUUUCUAUUCUGGUCAGCUAAAGCUGCCUCUCCGGCUAUGGAAGGGAAGAUACCAACGAUGUCUCAAGAGGCAGGUGAUGCUGAUACGAAAAUUGUAGGCAGGGAAGAGCUAUUGGUCCGGUUACAGUCUGCAGCGGAGGAGAUAGUUUUGACUAGGAAUAGGUCAGCUUCUGUCGGAGGAGGAGGUCCGUCUCAUGCUCAUCGUGCUAAUGAGAACUUAGCAGCAGAUGUUCAAUCUAGAAGUGUGAUGGUGGGGUUUGUGGGGUAUCCUAAUGUUGGAAAAAGCUCAACUAUUAAUGCUUUGGUAGGGGAAAAACGGGCUGGUGUGACAUCUACUCCCGGGAAGACAAAGCAUUUUCAGACUCUAGUGAUUUCUCCUAAACUUACUCUAUGUGAUUGCCCUGGUUUGGUAUUUCCAUCAUUCACAAGUUCGAGAUAUGAGAUGAUUGCAUGUGGUGUUUUGCCAAUUGAUCGGAUUACUGAGCAUAGAGAGGCUGUACAGGUGGUGGCAAAUCGAGUCCCUAGAAAAAUUAUUGAGGAUGUCUACAACAUAUCUCUGCCGAAACCAAAGCCGUAUGAGUCACAGUCUCGCCCACCUACUGCUGCAGAACUUUUGCGAACAUACUGUGCAUCUCGUGGUUAUGUUGCUGCAAGUGGAUUGCCUGAUGAAACAAGAGCAUCACGUCAGAUGUUGAAAGAUUAUGUUGAUGGGAAGCUUCCACAUUUUGAAACGCCUCCAGGGGUAUCGGAGGAUGAAGGUAGUGCAGAGGAUGAAGAUGUUACAGAGGAUGAUGUUGGACCUAGAAUGUCUGCUUCUGAUUCCUCUGGUGAUGAUGAAGACGAAAAUGGACCCAGUCUAGAGCAUGUGCUGAGUGAUUUGAGUACAUUUGAUAUGGCCAAUGGACUUGCUCCUAACGAGGCAGCUCGUAAAAAGAAGCCCUCAAUUAAACCCCAUAAACAACACAAGAAAUCACAAAGAAAGAAAGACCGGUCGUGGAGGGUCCAGAAUGGUGAUGCUGAUGGGAUGCCAGUAGUAAGAGUCUUCCAGAAACCAGCUAACACUGGACCUGUGAGCAUCCGAUAGGUGUCGAUGGAAGUUGAUAUCUUUGCUCAGCGGCGAACUGCUCAAGAGGAAAAAAAAAAAA